AUGGAACACCUGUUCAAAGCCUUCCUACGCGUACAGCGUGGCUUCGAUGCGGCUUCUGCUCUGUUAGAGACGUUCAACGCCUUCGAGAAUAACCCCGCCGCCCUCAGUUCCGAAGAUCGCAUUCGGCUGCUGGAUCUUCCCCCUCGCUCAGUCCAGGAUGACAACAUUGCUGCUGUCAGCUCACUUACCAAGGCGGAACUCAUUCAGAAGGCAAUAGAAUCGCCCAAGGAGCUCACCAGAGAGGAAGAUUACCUGAUCCAGGAGCGCUUUUGGACUUACAUGACCGACGAUGAAUUCAACGUUCAUUACGAAGCUCUGGCGGCCUUAAGUGAGAUGUCAGUAGAUUACUGCAAUGAAGUGGAAGAGCGCCUGCGGCGAUUUCAACGACUUCUCUACGAGGAGCGUGAAGAUGAGGCCUUCGAGAGCGUGAUGAAGCAGCUGUCAGAGGAUGGGAAGGCCGCAACCCAGGCCUACGAACAGAGCCAAAGGGAGAUAUUGGACACGGUGUUCGAGAAAGGGAAACCCUGGCUGCGCCAAUUAUGGGAGGAGGACCAGGGCAAAAAGCCUUGGGGAUUGGCGGUAUUCGAGAACCCGCGAUUCACGGCGGACCGUCGACGCGACCUGUACAUCGCCGAGCAGCGAGAAACAUUCAACCUGUCGCGCGGUGCCAUCUAUGCCCAGGGAAAGAUUGGAGACACCUGGAGGCUGGAGAAUCCUGCCUGGCCUGCUGAAAUCGUCACCGGCGACGAAGGCUUUGCGGCCAUCGUGGAGGGACUGCGCCGGAAGUUCAAGGAGCUGCGGGCGCAGCCACCUGGCUGGCAACGCUUGUACCCGAGAUACGAAAUCGAUCCCAUAUAUGGAGCCCCCACAGAGGAGGAACUAAAACAAGGCCAUGGCCUAUCCGAUGGGAUCCUCCACAAUGCGUUCUUAUAUUUAGACCAGGAAGCUGCGGAAUCGGUUCUCUUCUCCUGGGGGCGUAUUGACGAGAUGUGGAUCUGGGCGAUUGAUCCAGACUAUGAGCCAAGAGACCAUACCACCAGUGGUUAUCGAGGGUAUCUCCGUGUCCGUCUACGGCAGCUUAUGGAUAACUUCUACGUUGCUCGGCGCUGGCAUGCGCAGGAGUUGUCGAUGGAGGACUUGUGGCACGCGGCGCAAAAGGACCCUAAAAACGGCUCCUUCAUAUCUACGAAAGAUGAGGAGAUUUUCAGCACGAGACUUUCCGGUUCCAUCGAGUUGACAGAGAUCCUCAAGGAUGGCUCUAGUUACUUAUUCCCACUGCACCGCAAUCCAUUACUCCCCUGCGAUACCAUUGAAGACAGGCAGACCAUACGACGUCGUUUGAACCAGAUCGCCAAUGUCUAUGGGCCUUUGAGGAAGAGCCGCAUGCCAUGA